UUUGGUUGUGCAUCUCAAUAGUGUGGGAAAAAAUGUCGGGAACACUGAUGAGACGCGCUUUGAGCAAAGCUGUUAGAAAUGGCGUUUUCCUACCGAAAAGGGACCUUUCCAGGUGCGCAGAUGGCAUUAUCACAUCAGGUUUGGCUGACGUUCACAUUCCCGACGUUCCGAUAGAGGAAUUUGUCUUCGAAAAGGCCCACAAAUGGGAAAAUCAUAUUGUUGCCGAAUGCAGUGUGACUGGCAGAAAAUACACAUAUGGGCAAUAUCGACAGAAAGUAAAAAAUUUAGACAGAUCUUUGAGAAAAAAAAUGAAGUUGCAAAAAGGUGAUGUGGUCGCACUCCUUUUGCCGAAUGUGCCAGAAUUUCCUUUGGCUUGUCUUGGUAUUCUACGAGGAGGACUUACAGUAACUACUAUCAACCCCAUUUAUACUCCAGACGAAAUCUCGACACAACUUAUCGAUUCUAAUGCCAAAGCCAUAAUAACCCUGACCGACUUCACGAAACUUGCUCAAGCUUCUCUAGGAGUUGCUAAGAAGCAACUACCAAUUUUGACUAUAAACACAACAUCGGGCCAAUCGACCGCCACAGGAACGAUAAAUUUUUCCGAGUUCACCGAUAACCCGGUCGAUUUCCCCGACGAGAACUCCAUCAGUUCCGAUGACGUCGCCUUCCUGCCAUACUCGAGCGGCACUACGGGCAAACCGAAGGGAGUUGAGCUCACCCAUAGGAACAUUGUGGCGAAUCUAAGUCAACUGGAGCAUCCUAAAAUCACGAUUAUUAGAGAGACGACAGGUGAUUUCCAAGACAUAACGCCUGGAGUACUGCCAAUGUUCCAUAUUUAUGGUUUCACGGUGUGUUCAACCCAUUCGAUGAGACUAGGAAACAAAAUUGUAACCCUACCUAAGUUCACUCCGGACCUAUACAUCUCGGUGCUUAAAAAAUACAAACCUAGCGUUUUAUACAUUGCUCCACCUCUUGCAAUUUUCCUGGCAAAUAAUCCUCAAGUAACUAAAGAAGAUCUACAAACUGUGAGAACUGUAAUGUGUGGCGCUGCUCCUCUAGGAAAACUCGACGAAGAUAGACUCGUUCAGAAAGCGGACAACGGUCUUAAUGUAAUGCAAGGGUACGGACUGACGGAAACAUCACCGGUAGUGCUUUGUACUAGACGAGAGUUUAGCAAUGACGAAAAGGCGAUAGGUUCUAUCGGAAUUCCAUGUACUAACACCCUAGUUAAACUGGUAAAUGUAGACGACCCGGAGGGACCGGCCGUACCAAUUGGACAACCUGGGGAAAUAUUAGUUAAGGGUCCGCAAGUCAUGAAAGGAUAUCAUAAUCGUCCUGAAGAGACAGAAGCGACUUUUACUAAAGACGGGUGGUUGAGAACUGGUGAUCUGAUGAAAUACGAGAACGGAUAUUUGUUUGUCCAGGACCGAAUUAAGGAACUAAUCAAAGUGAAAGGUUUCCAAGUGGCGCCGGCUGAAUUGGAGGAGAUCUUAAGAAGUUUUCCCAACGUCCUUGAUGCUGCUGUGAUUGGUAUACCGAAUGAAAGUCACGGAGAAGUACCGAGAGCCUACCUUGUCCCUAAACCAAAAUCCAAAAUUGACAUAAAUAAUUUGAUCGAAUACUUCAACCAGAAAGUGGCUCCUUAUAAAAGACUGAACGGUGGAAUCAGUAUUGUCGAAAGUAUUCCAAAAAAUCCUUCAGGAAAAAUCAUGAGAAGAGUGUUGAAAGAUCAACACCUGCAGAACACAAAAUAACAAUUUUAUGAAUAUAUUUUAAGACAUGAACACUAUUUACACUUUUAUUAUAUUACUCUGCUUCACAUAUGUAAUUUAAAAUUCUGAAGCAAAAUUUUAAAAAUGUUAUGUAUGUUACAAUUGACUGGUGAUUUUAAUUGAGAUUUUAAAUAAAAACUUUGCAAA